AUGGAUGAAAAGACAAUUAAAAAGUCGAUACUUUCAUCUUCCAAUGAUGAAAAAAUAAUAUACAAAUCGCGAAUAAAGAAAUUUCAGAAAAAUCAUAAAUUUUAUAUUAUUCUAUUGAUCUUUAUUGCAAUCUUACAGUUCAUAUCAAUAGCCUUUUUCACUCGGGGGUUCUUGCUGUCAAGGCAUGUUCUUGAUAACAUUUCCUCACAAAAUGAGACAAGUAACUUGCCUCCUAGGUUCAACAAGGCGGUGGUAUUGGUUAUUGACGCUUUGAGAUUUGAUUUUGCCAUUCCUGUAAACGAAUCCAAUUCAAACCACAACUUGAACUACCACAAUAAUAUCCUAUCAUUGUAUGAUUCUUUUGCAAACCAUGAGGAUGCAUCUUCUUUAUUGUUAAAAUUCAUUGCGGACCCGCCAACCACCACUUUACAAAGACUUAAGGGUCUCACAACAGGUUCCUUACCGACUUUCAUUGAUGCAGGUUCUAACUUUGAUGGAACAGUAAUCGAAGAAGAUAAUUUGCUCAAACAGCUCCAUUUGGCAAAUAAGACUGUCAAGUUUGCAGGAGAUGAUACAUGGAUGGCCCUAUUCCAUCCGUUCCUUUCCAAUGAUAGUUUCCCAUUAGAAUCUCUUAAUGUAUGGGAUUUAGACACUGUUGAUAAUGGUGUCAUGGAUUACUUCCAUGAUCAUUUACAACAGGACAAGGAAUGGGAUGUAAUGAUUGGACACAUGUUAGGUAUUGACCAUGUGGGCCACAAGUAUGGUCCCGAUCAUUUUACUAUGAGGGAAAAACAAAUUCAAGUAGAUCAAUUUAUCGAUUGGAUACUAAAAUCGAUCGAUGACGAUACCUUAUUGGUUAUUUUGGGUGAUCAUGGGAUGGAUCAUACAGGGAAUCACGGUGGCGACUCCAUCGAUGAGCUGGAAAGCACUUUAUUUCUUUAUUCAAAGAAGCCAGACAUGUGGAGGCUUAAAGAUGCUUCGAAUUAUAACAUUAAUAAUUUGGGACACGAUUACCGUUCAGUGAGACAAAUUGAUUUGGUGUCUAGUUUGUCUUUAUUGCUGGGGCAACCUGUCCCAUUUAAUAAUCUAGGAUGGCCGAUUGACGAGAUAGCAAGAAACGAUAGAGAAUGGUCUCAAUUUGUCAACUCAGCGAUAAGCCAAUUACGACUAUAUAAGGACACGAUGCAGAUCCACCACGGUAAUGACGAAAUAUUGGAGCCGUUAGCGGAAAAUAUAUCGAACACUCCCCCAACAAGCAAUCCUGGAAAAUUUGUUGAACUAGGUCAUGAAUACCAGAAGGUCUUUUUACAGACCUGUGAGGAAUUAUGGGCCAAAUUCGAUUAUUAUUCCAUUGCCACCGGUAUAAUCUUGCUGACUGCCUCAUUGAUCCUGUUGAUAUCCAUUACGAAGUUAAUUCCCUCCAUUGUCGUGAAUCAAAUGGUUCCUGAAUUUGUCCCGGGAAUUAUCAUAAUGGUCUUAGUUACAAACUUAUGUUUCCAUGGCAUCUUCUACGUUUACCAACAACCAAGUUUUGUAGAUCAAUUCUGGGGUACCCUGUUAGCAACUGCUAUUGGCAUCAUUAUUGGUUGUUAUAUCACAAUUUUUGAUAGGUACAACUUUAUUUGGAUUUUUAUGAGACUAGGUGAGACAUUAGCUGAUUAUUGGUCAAGAAUUGCUGUUAUGUUUAUGGUUAUACAUGCUUUGCUUUUCACUUCCAAUUCAUUUACUAUUUGGGAAGAUAGAAUUGUGGCCUUCCUUCUAUCUACUUUUGGUAUGUUGACGUUGUAUGAAUUCGUCUUCCUACCAAAAAGGCAAUCCACCACCGCAUUAUUAACCGCAACUAUCAGUGAAAAGGAAGGAACCACUUCAGGGGUGAACUCUUCGACGGCGAAUUCAAAUUACUUACCAUUAACAAGAUUUGCAAGAUUAUUAGGUGGUUACCAUUCCGCAGUCUUAAUCAUUUUUACCAGGUUAGCUUCUAUGAUUACCAUUUGUAGAGAGGAACAAGGUGAAUAUUGCAUUCCAACAUUUAAUAAUCAAAAUAAUUCCGCGUGGUGGGUUUUAGGUCUCUGUUUCCUAAUGAUUUUCAUACUACCUGCAUGCAUCACAGGUUAUUACAAUCUAACGUCGUCUUACCAAGCUGCAGCACCAAUUUGGAUAAACGUUUUCCUGAAGGGCAUCCUUGGUUUGAAUUUCGUUUAUUGGUCAUUGACUUCAUUAGAAAAUAACAGUGCGGUAAUAGCAAUACCAUUUUUAAGGGACGUCACUAUUUUCAAAUUUACGUUGGCUAGAAUCAUCGCCGGAUUCUCAUUGAUCGCUUCCAAUGUUGGCUGGCUAAUGGGACCACUUUGUAUUAAAUUGAACAUCCACAAUACCGAUGUCAAGUCUCAUGAAGCAACGAUUUUGGGCUAUACUAAUAUUUAUGGUUCAGAGUUUUUCCUUUUAGUCAUAAACGUUCUAAUGAGUAUCUUGCUAUUCAAUAAACCCCUAGCUCAAUUGUCAUACUUCCUCAUGUGUAACCAACUGCUAUCAAUUUUAGAAAUCAUUGAUCUCUUAAAAUUAAAGGAAAACAUAAUUGGCCCAAUUGCACUGGGACUCUUAUCUUACCAACACUUUUUCACCACGGGUCAUCAAGCCACAAUUCCAUCGGUGCAAUGGGAUAUUGGGUUUUUACUGUCUGAAAAAAUAACGUUCCCUUUCACUCAUAUAGCGAUCAUCCUAAACACAUUUGGGCCUCAUAUCCUCGUCUCCUUAUCUGUAGCAUUACUGACACUGUGGUCACAGCCUCCAGAUGUCUUGAAGCCACAGACACUUUUAGGAAGAAUCGUUUCAAACUGCGGUAUAUUACUCACUUACAACACUAUUCUAUGUUUAAGUUCCUUUAUUUGGGUCACCCACUUCCGUAGGCAUUUGAUGGUUUGGAAAAUCUUUUGCCCAAGAUUUAUCUUUGCCUCUUUAAGUUUAAUAGUCACUCAAGUGGUGGUCACUUUUGGUACCAUUGCAUUUGCUAGUGGGAGAUUGAUUAAGCAUAUCAAUGACAUUUUUUGGAAAUGA